AAUAAUCAAGAGACAUCCUUGUGAAAAACUUCAAAAGAAAAGAAAAGAACUUUGAAAGUUUCGGUUCUUCUAAUAUACUUUCAGGUUUGUGAUUUCAAGACUGCUAGCUAGUAUUUUCCUUUGUUCUUCUGUUUGUCUUAUUUGGUGAAAACUGAAUGAUGACAGUGAUGAGACAAAACAGUUUCAGAGGAACAGAGUCAGAAACCAUAAUCCAAUCAAAUGGGGUUGAUAAGAAGAAUUCGAUAAUUGGAAGAAAUUGUGAGCCCCUGAAACUUACGCUAGAGACCACACUAUCAUUCAAAAAUCUAGUUCAAGAUUCAGGGAAGGCAAAAUCACCCUUUCCUGAUCCUGCAAUUAUGUUUUCACCACGACCUGUUUGCGAGCUCGAUGCUGCAGCUGUCAAGCUUCAAAAAGUAUACAAGAGUUAUAGGACUAGAAGAAAUCUGGCUGAUUGUGCUGUUGUGGUCGAAGAAUUAUGGUGGAAGGCAUUAGAUUUUGCAGCUCUGAAGAGAAGUUCUGUUUCAUUUUUCAAUGUUGAAAAGCCGGAAACUGCUGUUUCUCGAUGGGCCCGAGCACGUACAAGAGCUGCCAAAGUUGGAAAAGGAUUGUCUAAAGAUGAGAAAGCUCAAAAAUUGGCUCUGCAACAUUGGCUAGAAGCUAUUGAUCCACGACAUCGGUAUGGACACAACUUGCACUUCUACUAUGAUUUGUGGUUUGAGAGUGAAAGCUCUCAACCUUUCUUCUACUGGUUGGACGUUGGAGAUGGGAAAGAAAUAAAUCUUGAGAAAUGUCCUAGGACAAAAUUGCACUAUCAAUGCAUCAAAUAUCUCGGACCAAAGGAGCGCGAAUCACAUGAAGUAGUUAUUGAGAACGGGAAGCUUGUAUAUAAACAAAGUGGUGGUUUCGUUCAGUCAGUAGAGGGUUCAAAGUCGAUCUUUGUUCUUAGCACAACAAGAACAUUGUAUGUAGGACAGAAGCAAAAGGGCAAAUUUCAACAUUCAAGUUUUCUAUCAGGCGGUGCAAUCACAGCAGCUGGAAGACUGGUUGCUCAUGCUGGAAUUUUGGAGGCUAUUUGGCCAUACAGUGGUCAUUAUCACCCAACGGCGGAGCACUUCAGGGAGUUCAUUAGCUUUCUUGAAGAGCGCAAUGUUGGCCUUACAAAUGUUAAGAGAUGUGCAGUUGAUGAUGACUAUCUUUCAUUUAACGCUAGCAACGAGGGCUCAAACAGCCAACCAUCUGUGGAUGCAAAAGAAUCCAAACAAAGAAGCACGUCUAAUGUGGGCGAUUCAACUGAGAAAUCCAUCAAAACUAGUCGUCACCAAGACAAGAGACCGGAGGACAUCAUCAUCGAUAAGAAAGCACCAGCAUUUAGCUUGGCUAAACAUUUGUCUAGCAAAUGGACAACUGGAACUGGACCUCGCAUUGGUUGUGUUAGGGAUUACCCUACAGAAUUACAAUUUCGAGCACUUGAACAAGUUAAUUUGUCGCCUCGGGUGGCCAAUGGAGGCUUCAAUUACUCUGGUCCGAUCCCUUCACCAAGGCCAAGUCCAAACAUUAGGCUAUCUCCUAGAAUUGCACAUAUGGGACUACCUAGUCCUCGAACACCUAUUUCUGCCACUAACUCAGCAACUUUCGGAACAAAUUAAGCAGUUCCAGUAUUACUGACAGGGAAUUAAUGGGAGGAACAAACUAACUCAAAUCUUCAACUUAUUUGUUAAUUCA